AUGCCGCAGCAAUCCAAAGUAGAGAGAACGAUCCUCGGUGAGAUCGCUGAGGAUCAGGAAGAUAAGAGAAAGCGUCGCGAGUUUCGCCAGAAGCAACAAGCACGAGCCGAGCGCAAAAGGUUGAGACAAGAGGAGAAGCUUCGUAUCCAGAAGGAGACCAAGGCAAAGAGGGAAGCCCGGAAGAGGCAGCGUGAAGCACAGCGCAUCUUGGGCCAUGAGGCCGCCCUUCCGGGCAGACCACACAGCGCGUCCAGGACGCCAGGCGAUGAAGGCUCAGACCUGGGAGACACAGCCAUUACUGUGCGGUCGGAAGAUGAUAUGCAACCCAGAUUGCAGAGAUCAGGAACCACGGUCUCUGGUAUGUCUUAUGGGACUCGUACAUCGGAUUCAUCUGACAAUUUAGGGGACAGCGAUGAUGAAGCGUCUGGGCGACACGGAAGCAGGCGGAUGACACCGCAGCUGAGCAGGCAGGCAUCCCGGAAUUCACUGCGAGGGCAGCAGCGUCCGACCACCGGGUCGAUGUUCGACGAUGCCCCCAAGAAGCUCAAGUCUUCAAUCACGGGUGCCAUCAGUGGUGGACUGCAAAAGACGGGCGCCAAGGUGAUAAGGACAGGCACGACGGUAGGGUUGCUCCUUGGAGUGGUACCUUCCAAAUCAUCUCGGGACUUCUUGCGGAGGAAGGUGGCGAAGCUACUCCCCAAAAGGAUCCAGAUUGGAAGGCUCAGGAAUUCGGGUAGCAAGGAGACGGCGGAUGACGACGACGCAGCAUCCGAGGACAGCGAGACAGAGCAGAUCAAGGAAGUUCGGCGCAAGUUCAAGGAGAAACAGCUGCGUUCGUCAGCCUCCCUUGAUGGUGGUGCCAAUGACAACAUCCUUGCACGUGCCAGGGAAGCUGUGGGCAUUCCCGAAUCGGAGGAAGAGUACUCGUGCUGGUUGCGCAUGCAAAGUAGGACUGGCAUCUUGUGGUGUCGCAUGCAAAUCGCAGUGCGGAAGAUCCAUGUUGCGGACCAUCCCCCUCAUCCUUCUUUGAAGAAGUUUGUCGAGUCGCUGCGCUUUGAAGCAGCAAUUGGUGUCCUGAUUGUCCUGAACGGGAUCAUCUCAGGCAUGGACGCCAUGUACAAGGCAGAUGAGGAAAGGGCACCGUUCAUCACUUGGGCCGAGAACUUUUUCGUGGUAGUCUUUGUCUUGGAGUACUUUUUACGCUUGCGCGCAUCUACAUGGGUCUUCAUGUUCGAGCCCAUGAACAUAUUCGAUACCUUUGUGGUUUGGGUCACAGGUGUCCUUGUUGUUUGGAUUCUGGAGCCAAGCGGAAUAACCUUCGACCCUCUGCGCCGUCUGGCCGCGCUGCGAGUCCUGCGCUUGGGUCGCUUGGCACGUGCCGUGCGAACGAAGCCGAUGUUCCACGAGCUGUGGAUGCUGGUGAGCGGCGUCUUGGAAUGUUUACCACUUCUAUUCUGGUCAAUGGUGAUCAUCGCGAUCGUGCAUUUCAUGUUUGCAGUGGCAGUCAUGGAAAUCAUCACGAAAGCAGAAGUGUUUAAAGGAAACGACACGGUGUGGUUCUACUUCCCAACCUUGGCCUAUUCCAUGUUCACCCUAUUCCAGUUUAUGACCUUCGACAGUUGGGCAGGCCCUGCCCGGGAAAUCAUCGCAGUGAUGCCGGAAGCAGCUGCUCUCAUCCUGUUCUUCCUAGGUGUGGCCGGAAUUGUGCUGUUCAACCUAAUGACGGCCAUCGUCGUAAAGAACGCUUUCGAUGCAGCAGAAGCUGAUGAGGAGGCCAAGGCACAGCAGCAGGUGCAGAACCAGGCCACGAUGGCUGCUGACUUGAGAGAGAUGUUUGUGGCUCUUGAUGAAGAUGGCAGUGGCACAUUGAGCCGGGAAGAGUUCACAGAUGUGCUGGAUGAUGUCAUGUUCAUUCGGCAUAUGAAGAAGUUGGACAUUGACUUGGAAGAGUUGCCUGACAUCUUCGACAUUCUGGAUGAUGGUGACGGCAACAUUACGACAGAGGAGUUCUGCAUGGGCCUGACUCGAUUGCAGGGGGUGGCAAUGAGUCGCGACAUGUUGAGAUGCACCUCACGCAAUAUGCAGCUCAACGCGCUCUUUGCCCAAGUGUCUGAAUGCAUGGGCGUCAAGGUUGACAAUACCUUGGGCAAGAUGGAGAUGAACAUGGAGGCAACACACGAGAACCUCGUGGAGUUGCAGCAAAUGACCGCAGAAGUCUUGAGGAAACUCGAAGAGGCCGGUCUUCACAGAGCAGUUCGCUCAACCACUGAAGGUUUGGAAGAACUCCCACCCCCCACCUUGGAGGAAAUUGCAAAGCAAGAAGAAGAAGCCGCGCGACAAGCGGACCUGGCCAAGUUCGGUCGUGCCACUAAAGUCGUAAAGCAAAGUUCGCAGCCACGUGCAACAGAAAGCUUCCCACGGAUUCCAGCGACGUGGGUCCUGACAAGGAAACAAGAUUUGGAGCAGCGGAAGCAGGCAAUGCGAGCUCAGCAGUGGGAAGAUGUGGCAGCAGAGACCGUCAAAGAAGUCCAGGAGCUGCCAGGUGUUUUGCAGGAGUUUCAAGAGACCUGGUCCGGCUUGGACGUGCAAGUUCCCCAGCAAACCAGGGAAGACCGCAUCGCGCAGACGAUCAAGACUUCUUCAAGCAAGUCCCAAUCUGAAAGCACCGACGAGCUUAAGUUGCCUGCUAAGCUGCCAUCGGCGCUGGCACCUCGGAGUAUGCCCCAGCAGGAGGAAGCUGAUGGCCAGGAAGCAGCAGAAGAAGCAGACGCCGGGGAAAAAGUCACGAAGGACGUCAAUAAGAUGAACAUCAAAGAGCUGAAAGAAGUUGCUGACAGCCUGGGGUUGGAGCAUGAAGGCUUAAAGAAGGUGCAGCUUCUUCCGCUCGUCAUUGCCAAGCAGGAGGAGCUAGCGAACUUGGGCAAGGCACCACUGAGUAUGAUGUGA